AAUCGCCCGAGGAUACGACACACUCGCUCAUCCCCUAAUCUCGAAGCUGCCAGCCCGAAGCCGCCAAUCCGCGCGCUUAGUCUUCCGCGUCUUUGGACAUCAACCCGAAAUGCUUGGCCGAGCGGGAAUCGCAAAGGGGAAAAUGUUCGGCGGUUAGACGGAGUUGAAGAGAGAUGCACCUGCAGCAUCCUACUUUUGACUCUACGAGGUGACAAAUCGAGAAGAAAAGAUACAAAGAUGCCGGUCGGUGGACGAGUCGCUGGUAAAGUCGGGAUAUACAGCUCCCACUACAAUGGUAAUAUGGAUGUGGAUAUCGUUCUAUUAGGAAAAGGCUACAGCGGCUUAAAUGAGGAGAUCAUAUGGAUCAGCAUAGGCAUGGGGAUCACCAUAGCGAUCCUGAUCACCAUAGCAUUAUGCUACAUCGCCCGUGAAAAGUGUCGCAAGCGUCACGAAGGAUAUUGCACGUCCUGACGUAUGUUUCCGCCGCCUUCAUGGGCAUCCUGGUCAUUUAGCCCGACGACACCAGGAAUACUAUUCAGUCCAACCACGUCGAGAGGCAAGCCGCGGGCUUACUACAUCACCGUGUGAAUUCUUACAUACUCCGGAAACAAAGGGGGAGCCUCUGAAAGUCACAGAAUAUGACGAAAUGGAUGCAAAGUAUAUUCUGCAUCAACACAGAAGCUAUGUGGAAACAAAUUUAUACGCGCGUCAAACUUGAAAAUCUUUAAUUAUAUCUCCUCUCCGAAAAAGAGAGUUUCUCUGAUUAAAUAUUUACUACAACAAAAAUAUUAAUAUCUAU